AUGAAUCAAAUACAAUACAUUUCCCGAAACGGUGGAUCUGUUUUACUGCAUGAUGGAUAUCAGUACCAUAAAAAAAAGGAAUACAAAAACCAAAAUGUGUUUUGGAACGAAAAAAUUGAAAAAGAAAAACCACAUACGUGUGUUCAAAAUUUUAAUAAAAAUAUUGAGGACUUGCAACUUGACAUCUGUGUUAAAAAAAGCAAACAAUUAGAUGGCGUUCCGUUACCACAAAUCUACCAGAGUACUGUUAGUUCUCUUCAAGAUGAGGGCAUAGAUCUGCUGUGUAAAAUUCCUCCGUUUCGCAAUGUCAAGACUCGGAUGUAUUACAACAGAAACAAAGAAGCGGGUGUAAAGAAAAUUAACUUUGGAGAUGUAAUGGAUGUGGAAAUACCUAAAAAAUUCGAACCAUUCCUAUUGGCUGACUACGAAUUCGAAGGAUAUAGAAUUAUUAUAUUUUGUUCAAUGGAGUCGAGACACCUUAUGGGUAAAAUAAAAAUGUUUUUAAGUGACGGAACAUUUAAGAGCUGUCCGAAACCGUUUGCUCAGCUUUAUGUGAUACACGGUGAUCUAGGAAGUACCGAAAAUUCUACGAACAUAAUACCACUGGUGUACGCUAUGCUAUCUAGCAAGACAAAGCAUAUUUAUGAAACCUUAUUUCAUUUGAUAAAAUCAAGAAUACCUGACUGGCAACCAGAAAAAUACAAAACUGAUUACGAAGAGGCUGCCAUGCAAGCUGUUACACACGUAUUCCCGGACAUAGAGUUCAAUGGCUGCUACUAUCAUUCGAAUAAGUCAAUAUGGAGGAAAGGUAGGGAACUGGGGCUUACCACCAAUAAAAAUACACGACGGAUCGUUGCUCUUACUGCUGUGCUGUCGUUGCUGCCCUUCAAUAAAAUACAUGAAGGUUGGGCAUUCAUAAAACAAGAUACUCUUGAACUGCAAGACACAGGGCGCGUGCCAAAAUUCUUUAAGUACCUAUAUAAAGGCUUCUUACAACAGAGGUUUAUAUAUAUAACCUGA